AUGUCGACCGACUCCUUUCUUAUGGCCUGGCAGAGAUUCAUGGGUAGACGAGGUAAUCCAUCAAAUGUAUUCUCCGACAACGGGUCCAAUUUCGUCGGUGCACAAAAGGAGUUGAGCGACUGGUUGAUGCGGUUAGACAAACGAGCCCUGCAAGACCGACUGUCGCCAUCUGGAACCCAAUGGCACUUCAAUCCACCUUACAGCAGUCACCGCGGAGGAGUUUUGGAACGGCUCAUACGGUCGGUGCGAAAAAUAUUGACGGCGUUAUGGGAACAACAGUCGCCGGAUGAUGAAACUUUAAGAAAAUAUCUUGCAGAGGCCGAAAGCAUACUCGACAACAGACCGCUUAUACCCGUCAUCAACGGUGACCUGUAA